AUCAAGCGCUGGCUUCCACCGAGUACCUCGGCUGCCUCGGCAUUCGGCAAAACCGACUCGUAAAGCGAUUCGGCAGCCCGCGAAAGCCUCGUUCUCGUUUAGGUGCUGCUGCAUUUAGAUUCCGUUGUUGCGUUGGUCCUCGGGUCGAUGAGACGAAGAAGUCAGCGGUCAACGACCAACAUCAGGGGCUACGCUGCGCUCGCCUAACCCACGAGCGGCCCGGCUGUACUCGGAUAAUUUCGGGCUGAGUGGGUGCACGGCUCGCCGAGGGGGCGUGCCUCGAUCUGCAAGCGAUGCCGAGGAUAUACCAAGCUCCCGAAGGUGCUGCGACCAGUUCGCCUUCCAAGAUUGCCACCAUGCAGUGCACCCCUGGACGCAGUCGCCGCCUUGCGAAUGAACCGGUUAACUUGUGCGUUGCUUCAGCAUGGCCGCUGUCGAAUGGCUCACCUCGGGGCCCAAAAGACUUUGGCAAAGACAGGCUGCACCACGCACGUGAAAAUGGUGCAAUCAGCCCUGCUCCCAAGGCAACCACCACCCAGCAAAGUCCAGGCCGUAUUGCGUGCCAGCCUAAGAACUUGUUCGGGGCUUCGGCGCGGCCGCUGCCAACCACUUCACCUGGUGGCCGUAAAAAGGAUUCCGGUAAACAGCGGCUUCGCCAGUUCUGGACACAAGUCUUGGAGAAUCCUGAUGCAGCACAAGCAUCGUCACCAAGUCGGCAACGUCCGCAGGUGGCUGAAGACGGACCUCACCGGAAGACUGGCAAGUGUGCACCAACUUCCGUGAAAGGCUGUGCGGUCGCACCUACAAAAGGCCAGUGUCGACAGCCGUUCACACUGGUUCAGCCUAGGGAAAUCACUGGCCACCCGAUUUCACGGUUGCCGCGUCUUCUCAAACCGCGUCUACAGGCGACCGCCAGUAAUGCAUCGAAGCAGGUGCAAGCGCUUCCACAAAGUCUUCCUGCCAGUCCUUUGUCAGACCACUGCCGGCAGCGAAUCGCCGACCUCCAAGCCGAAGGAAUCGCUCGCCACCUGGGUUCACACUUGCCCCAGCACGUACAGCCGUGUGUGCCUCUGGCCGAGCAUAAAGACUCGGGGCUGAUGCAAGCACACCCAUUGCAUGCAGAUGCACUUCCAUUGGGAGACUGCGUUCGUGAGCCCCCGGAAGCUGUGAUGGAUGGCAUCCAGACAAAAAUGUGUACUCCUCAAAGGCCUCCAGCCGACCACGAAGGCAGCGACACAAGCCUCUCGAGUGGUAGUUCCUACAGCCCGUUGCCACCUCCUGUAGCGCUAGAAUUUAAGACGCCAGACUUCGAGCGGUUCCGCAGCCCCUUCAAGGACUGCACGAUAGGAAGGGUUGCCAGCAAAACCCCCACCUCUCCAUACGACGACAGCUCUCCAGAGCUCGUUUCUCCGGUAACUGAGACGACCGACGUCAAGAAAAUGGUGGCCUUCCCGCUUCCAGACUCGCCGGCACAUUACACUGACGCACCUGAACAGAGUGGCAGCGCAGAGAACUUCCCGCUUGCCAUUAAUGUGACCCUGAGGAGGAGGCGGGCAACAAGGAACAUGUCUCCUCUCGCCCUACCGGAGUUGUUGCCGGAACACUUGGCAGAGAGACUGGAACCGAAGCCCGAGGAUGAGAAAGACAGUGGAUCGGGCGAGUCUGAUAGCGACGAGGACACGGAUAGCGCAGCACUCUCCAGUGCCCGUGCACCGGCAGUUCCGUAUUUCCCGAGCCCAGACGUGGCAGCUUACAGAAGUACCAUCCUGGAGGAGAUGGCCAAGUGUUACGGUGCACGCCUGGCAUCACCAGCCUCGUCAGCAGACUCUCCCGCAAGCACGGCGUCGGUGGUGUCAACAGGCGGCAACGUUGCCUCAUCACCAACUGCGGAGAUUGCCGCCGCGUCUUCACCGUCAACACUGGCCACUGCCUUUGCAAGAUUGUCUGCUCAGCCGCGACCGAGUCCAAUUUUCAAGUCAAAGCGGCAAGAAAGGUGUCGCCUGAGCACUGUCAUGGAGUGCACGGAGAUGAGCGUCAAGGGCAGCAUGACGACUGCGCUUCGUUGGUGCCUGAUCAAGAACUCUGGCGAAGCGAAGCAGGCCCCACAUGUCUCACAGGCCAACACUGAACAGGCGGUGCCCUCGACUUGUUCCCCUGAAAUUUAA